AUGCAGACCAUUCAGUCACGUACUUGGGGGACGCGUUUUGAUUCCCUCGUUUCUUCUCCUUCUUCACCCACACUCAAAUCUACUCUUUCUUGUGAAAGCGUCGCUCUCACCAGCGAUACAAACAUUGCUCACGCUUCCAACAGAAAACAACACGAGAGAAUGCCUCAUGACUCGAGUGUAUUCGUUGGCAGCCUUCCGUGUAACAUCGAGCAUCAAGAGCUCAACCGUCUGCUUUCUGAACAUCUUUCGGGAUACACAGAACCACAGAACAUCAAGGUAGUUCGCGACUCCAAGGGUGGUACUUGUGCCUUCAUACAAUGCCAGGAUGCUGCUUCUGCGGCUCGAUUGAUCGACACUCUUCACUCCUUGUCUCCACGUCAAUUCAUGGGUCGUUACUUACGUUUCGAGCCUGCUCGUGCAUUUAGGACUCUGCUCAUCUCCUACAGGUGUCCAAGGCAAUAUGUGCCCUCUGAUUCAACGGGCAGGGUUUUUGGCGACUUUAAAAGGGACAGACUUGUUGAACUAGAACUGCCCUCAGCUAUGAAGUUAUGGCGAAAUGCUGGUGCCAAAUAUCUUUCAAUCCUUUACAAUUCAGACGCUUGCACAGCAGCUGAAGUUGAAGGUCUGCAGGUCAACGUUAAUUAUAACGCAAAUGCACCGAAUCUUUUCCUUUCUCCACUACUUUUCGAUGCAGAGACACUUCAAGCGAUCACUGCACUGUUCGGACCUGUCGAAUAUUUCGCUCCGUAUAGCCCUGAGAAGGAGAACUUGGGAAUGCCCUUCGCUCUAGAGUUGAAAGAUACUCCUACACGCGACUGGCCUGCCUCUGCUGUACAAUAUCCUUCCCCUCACGAUGCGCCCCGUUCUACAGUUAUGGAUUCGGGAUGCUGGGAAGUUAAGUGGCGCUACCGAGAUGAUUGCGUCAGCGCGUUAAUGACUCUUCGAAAAGUACCUCAUCUCACCGUGACAUGGGCACAUCAGCUACCUUUACCUACAAAUCAACAGCAAUCACAUAAUGCGUCCUAUCAUAACAUGAACCAAGCUCACUCAAACGCGACCUCGUAUUCGUUUCAUGUGCAAGCUGGAUCUAACAAUAACCCUACAAAGGAUUUUGGUGGUAUAAUGUCUUCUCCUGAAUCAUACCUUCCACCCUCGUCUCGGUUUACGGGUGUAGGGGACAAGGUUUCGACCGCUAGAGACUCACCGUUAACUCCAACUCUGCCUCGCUCCGCACCUGGCGAUUUCCUUUCUACCCCAAGGUCGUCAUCCAUCAGUGAUGACCGAGACUGGACUCGAAAUGUUGUUUCAGCCACAGUUACCCCUUCCCGUGCUCGUGCACAUUCUUUAAGCUACCGUUCAGGCUCUUCCCUUCGUGUUGGCGAUAAUGCUGAUGACAGUCAUAUAUCUGGUUCAACUGCGGUAAAUUGGUCCGAAAACGAUUUUCCCCCGCUAGGAAAUAUGUCAAAGAACCAGGAAACACAAGGUCAUCUGUGGGGUGAUAGGAUGACAGCGGCUGAAGGGGAAGAUCAUGAUGAUAGCAUUCCAUCUACAGAGUCACUUUCUAGUACGUUGGCUUUAUUUGGUACUCCACGCCUACCGGCUUCGCAGGUUGAUCCUGCAGAGAGAGAAGACGAAGGGCAAGAUGUAGAUGUAGAUAUCCCUCCGACCCCUGAAUUUGGAACGUCACCCGUAACACCUAAAACACCAGGUUCUCUGGUACCUCUCACUCCAACCACAGGCAGCUACAUAGGCGACUUUCAGAGUGUAUCCUCAAAAGGGUACCAUGGAAAAGGUGUUUCCAUGUAUACUGAGGAGAAGCGAGAAAGUGCUUUAGAUCCGACCACAAUUUUUGUCGGAGGACUCGAGAUGUAUGGACCUAAUGCAUGGGACGAGGAACGAGUUCGAAACUUCUUUUCCAGGUUUGGGGGGGUUGAAACGGUGAAAGUUGUUCGUCCUGUGAAUAAGCGGUCGGCUUUCGCCUUUGUUAAAUUUGAUAAUACAGAGUCACCAAUACGUGCUGUGAAUGAAGAGCAUAACCGCGUCCUUGAUGGUCGACCGAUUCGCGUUCAGUUGAGGGACUGGAAUCCGCCUCAUCGUGCAGUCUGGAAGUUCAGCCGCGGCCGCGGUAGGUUUCAACAAUUCGGUGCUACUCGUCAUAGCGUCGAACAGGCGGACGAUCAGAGUGAAGACUUUUGUACAAACACUUCGCUGCUUAGUCUUAACUCAGAAGAUCAAGUCGCUGAUGUCGAUACUGGUUCAUUCGCGGACAAAAGCAGUAUCUCCGAAAGCAAAGAUGUCAAUUUGAAACCUCGAUCAGAAAAUUCUAUAGUGAAGUGGAGCACCGACGCUCAAAAUAGCGGAGACGUAGACAGAGGUGAAGCACAACGCACAGAUUCUACAUCUAUCGAGAAAAGUUCUACGCAUGAUUCUUCAACCUUGCGUCAAUCCGCAGUGCCACAAUCAGACGAUUUAGACAAACCAUGGAUGCAAGGGACACACCCACCCAUCACCACUUCUUCGUCUUAUGCAUCGGUCUCAGGCCCUACUCCUAUGGCCUAUCCAAUACCAGCUGUAGGAUAUUACCCACAGCAAGGCGGUUGGAUGCCUGGAUUUGCACCUCAGAUCCAGUAUCCCGUACCUUUUGCUUAUCCGGGUACUUACGCAUACCCACAGUAUCCGAACCCUGCGGGCUCUGACACAAGCGGACCACCGUCUGGUACGCAGACUCCUUUCCCCCAGCCCGGGGCCAUGUAUGCCCCUUUUAUUCCCUAUCCAGCGUACUCCGUGAGGACUGUAAGCUUCGAUCAAACUCAGAGUCAGUCGUCAGGGACCCCCCAACCUCAGGCUCCGUUGUUGCCCACAGGUUUCAUUCAAGGCGAUCAGGGAAUGCUCGUUCCGGUCUAUCCUCCUGAUGCGCUCGAUCAGUACAUGUCCGGUACCCAGGGGCAGCAAGUAGCGGCUGCCGGACCUCCUGUUCAAGCACAAAACACUCCUCCGUGGCGCCCUUACUCACAACCUCCAGUGUAUCCUCCAACUAUCCCAAUCGCAAGCAUCCCAGGUUUGCAUCCUCCACCUUUCCAGGCCAUAGCAGGUACACAGCCAGGUGUUGGAAAUCAUGGUUGGAUCCCUCAUCAUGGGCCCUCUAUGACGCCUCAAGCACCUCACCCUUCUAUGCAAGGUUCCGCGCGUCAGCAUGUUCCGCACACUGUCCCGGGUGGAUCAUCUGUUUCAGGACUAGGACCUUUGUUCGAGCAGCGUAAUGUUCCCCCUAGACGUCAGUAUCGAAGAGUCUCACAACCUGAUUACAAUAAAAACAACACCAAUACCCGAGGUCCUCCUAAUCGCUAUCCCAGGGGAGGCAUGGCUACCUCCUAUUCGUCUUAUAAUGUCGAUCGUACUGCAUCUCAGCAGAACUUUAGUCCGCACAAGUUCAGCGAACAUUCUAAUCGUGAUUCUGGCGGAAGAAAUGAUUGGAGUCAGGCUCAGUGGAACUUAAGUCAGUGA